CCGGCUCGCACCAUAGAGCGGGGCUGGGGUAGAGCGGCCGUCCGAACCGCACAAAGGGCGACGCUCCCUCCCGCUCGGCGCGAACUACCGAGAUGGAUCGGGGUCUGGCCUGACUCCCCGGCACGAGGCUGCCGAGUGAGAGGCUCUCUUGCCUGGCAGCAACCCGGUGCCUGGUGGCAAUGAGUGCGGAAGUGGCUGUGUCUGAUACUGCCGGUGGGGAGAUGGAGGCCCUGUGCUCGGAGCUGCUCCUGCCCACACCGGGAGAGGCAGGAGCCGUAGGAAGCCCUGGAGUGGCCAGCACUGGCCUGGCUGGGACACACCGGCUGACUGCCAGCCAGGAUUUGCUGCUGGCAGAGGCAUCAAUCCCUGAGGAAGGGGCCCAUGCUGGAGGAGGCAAUGUGGAAAUAUUCAUCGAGGCUGUAGCUGGCAACGUGACGCUAAGCAACACAGCCACUGCCACAGAGGUGCUGGUCAAAGUGGUAGAGCUAUAUUUCUGUGAGAAGUGUGGCCAAAGCUUCCCGGAGGCCUCCCUGCUGUCGGAGCACCAGUGCUUGCUGCUGGCUCCUCCAGGGCAUCUGGUGCUCCCUGGGGUGCUCUCGGCUUCUGCCAGCGAGGGCCAGUGCAAGCCAUCGGGCUCCGAGCCACCCAGAAAUGGAGCACAGACCUCUGUUCCUGAGCGCCUGCUGUGCCCCGUCUGCCAGGAGGCAUUUGCACAGCCUGGUGAACUCAAGGAGCACUUCAAGACCCACCGUGCCCCACUGGGAGCCCUGCCCUGCCCUGAGAAGGGCUGCCACUUCGCCACGGAGGAACGCAAGCAACUGCACAGCCACCUGCGCUGCCUGCACGGGGCCUCCCCGGUGUCCUGCUCCUACCAUGCCUGCCCCCUGCUCUUCCCCAGCCACCCAGCAAUGGAGCAGCACUACCGCACGCACUUCCCCUUCCACUGCAGCCACUGUGACUUCAUCACAGCCAAUGCUAAGCUCUUCUGGCAGCACAGGAAAGGCCAUGCUAUGGAGCAUCCCACUGAGAUACCCACAACAGGGAGUCCCCCUGACUUGGCUCCCCAUGGCGUCGAGCAGCACUGCGUUCUGCCAUCAGGAGCAGCUGGAGGGCAAGAGGAGGCAGGGAAUUGCCACCCUGGCUGGGAAGCUGCCACAGCAGAAGCCAGGCCAGCAAAACCUGCAGGCACUGGGGAGGACUCCUUGGAGGGGCAGAAGGCGUCAGCUGGAGAAGAGGACUCAGACAGCGGUGAGGAUGAGUCGCCAGAGGAUGACAGUGCCAGCCCCUGUGAAGGUGAGGCCAAAGAGGAUGGGAAGACGGCUUCCGAGAAAGACAGGAUGCCAUGGAUACAGCACCUCAAAGGGGAUGUCGUGGAGGGCUGUGAGUACCUCUACAAAACCCACAUGUGCCCUGAAUGCAAGCGGUGCUUCAAGAAGCGGACGCACCUGGUGGAGCAUCUCCACCUGCACUUCCCUGACCCCAGCCUGCAGUGCCCCAACUGCCACAAGUACUUCACCAGCAAAAGCAAACUGAAAAUCCACAUGAUGCGGGAGACUGGUGAGAAGGCCCACCGAUGCCCACUCUGCCACUACAGCUCAGUGGAGAAGAACGCCCUCAACCGCCACAUGGCCAGCAUGCAUGAGGACAUCUCCAACUUCUACUCCGAUGUUUACUCCUGCCCUGUCUGUGAGGAGAAGUUUCAGCUCAGCCAGGCCCUCAAAGAGCACUUAAAAACUCACAAAGCCGAGCCGAAGAGGCUGAGCUGCUUCCAAGGAGGCUGCGACUACUGUGCUGAGGACAGGAAGGAGUUUGUCCGUCACCUCAAGGAUGCUCACAGUAUCAAGGCAGUGGAGUGCAAGUACCAUGCCUGCUCCCUGCUCUUUGGCACAGCGGAGGCCAUGGAGGCUCAUCGAAAAACCCACUAUGCCUUCCACUGCCAGCAGUGUGACUUCAUCUGCUCCAACAAGCACGUUUUCCGCAAGCACAAGAAGCAGGGGCACCCAGGCAGUGAGCAGCUCCAGUGCAGCUUCUGCCCCUACGCCACCUUCAACCCUGUGGAGUUUCAUGACCACGUGGGCAAGAUGCAUGCCAAUGAGAAGAUCCACAAGUGCACCGAGUGUGCCUUUGCCACCGCACACAAGAGGGUGCUCAUCCGGCACAUGCUGCUGCACACUGGAGAGAAACCUCACAAGUGUGAGCUCUGUGACUUCACGUGCCGGGAUGUGAGCUACCUGUCCAAGCACAUGCUCACCCACUCCAAUGACAAGAACUUCAUGUGCACCGAGUGCGGGUACAUCACCAAGUGGAAGCACUACCUGAACGUCCACAUGCGCAAGCACACUGGAGAUCUCCGGUACCAGUGCAACCAGUGUUCAUACCGGUGCCACCGUGCCGACCAGCUGAGCAGCCAUAAGCUACGGCACCAGGGCAAAAGUCUGAUCUGCGAGGUGUGCGGCUUCGCGUGUAAGCGCAAGUACGAGCUGCAGAAGCACAUGCAGGCGAAGCACUCACAGAGUUACCAGGUGCCAAUCUUCCAGUGCCAGUACUGUGCCUACCAGACAAAGUACAAGCAGGCACUGCUGAACCACGAGAACUGCAAGCACACCAAGCAGAAGGAGUUCCGCUGCGCCCUCUGCUCCUACUGCACCUUCAGCAACACCAGCCUCUUCUUCCACAAGCGUAAGAUUCACGGCUACGUCCCUGGUGACAAGGACUGGCUGGAGAACUAUGCCAGCAAGGAGCUGGAGAUCAGCUCAUCCGAGGUGCUUUUUGGCUACGAGCUCAGCACAGCCCUGCACAUAGAUGCAAGCUCCCCCCUUAACGGCAAGGAGCAGUGGACAAAGGUGAAGCCAUCCCGGCUGGAGUCUCAGGGGGAAGAGAACUACCAGCAAACGUUUGUAGUGCCUCUCCUUGGGCACAGUGCCACACCACCAGAGAGUGGUGGUGAGGCACAGGGAGGUGUGGGCGAGCGGGAGCAGAGCCAUCCCACUGCUGGUAAUGCCCUGGGAGAUGACUGCAUGCAAGGCGAUGCUGCCACAGGCUCAGCUGAGCUCACUGCUUCUGGGGAUGUGGCAGAGAGCUGCACAUUGCACUUGGAGGCGCUGAAUGUCUCAUCUGACCCUCUCCUGGAGCAUUUGACUGGAGAAUCCUGCACAGCACAGCCAGGGAGUGCGGAAAUGCUGUCCUGCAAGGAGCCUCCUGCAGCCUAUGAGAUGCUAGGCUCCCGGGAUGACCUUGGCUUGGAGGACAAUGACAAUACACUUGAAGACAUCCCGCACUUUGAGGAAGAGGAGGCAGAUGUGCGGGAGGACGAGGUGGUGAGACUGGAAGGCAGUGUAGUGGCAGGAGACAGCCAGGAAAAAGAUGCCCUAACACAGACCAUGGGCUGCCUUGAGGGCUCAUGCUCAGACCACCACAAGCUGGUGGCAGAUGCUGAAAUGAGAGACACUGGCCAAGCCAAGCUGCCAGAGGCCUGGCUCGGUGUGCUGAAGACAGCUGAGCAGAGUCACUUGCCUGUCCCAGAGGACACUGCCACCUCCAGUGAUGAUGGCAGGGGCAGCUCAGAGUUGGUGCUGAAGGCACUGCGGAAGCAGGACAAGGAGCAGGCGGAGACACUGGUGCUGGAAGGCAGGGUGCAGAUGCUGGUGGUGCAGUCAGAGAGCCAGAUCUUUAAGUGUGAGAAGUGCUCAUACAUCACACGGAAGGAGAAGUCCAUGUCCCUGCAUUCCAAAGCCAGCUGCCCGAGCCGCCGGGCCCCGCUCAUGUGCCGUGAGUGCGGUGCCAGCUUUAAACAGCAAAGGGGGCUCAACACCCACCUCCUCAAGAAGUGCCCAGUCCUCCUGAAGAAGAACAAGGUCCUCAAAGCAGCUGUUCAGGAGCCACCUGGGUUGUGCCAAUCUGCUGACCAGCCCAGUGAUAACAGUAUGGAAACAAUGGAGAGUGAGAAGAGAGGCUUGGAACAGUCCAGCCGUGCUGAGAGCUCUUGGGAGGCUGAAGUACUGCCUGAUAAAAUGCAGGCAGCUAGCAGUCCCUUGGCUGGGGAACAGGCCUUGGGUUGUCCUGUCUUAGAGAAAUCCCUGCCAGCUGAUGGCACAGAGGUGGCAGAAGAGCCUCCUGAGCAAGGGGUUGGGGCUGAGCCAGGUGGAGCCACUUGUUCCCCCAAGCCUGGGAAAACCUCAGAGAAAUACCGGCUGGAGGGAGGGAAGCUGCACUGCAACACCUGCUCCUUCGUGUGCUCUCGUGUCUCUACCAUCACCUCCCACGUGGAGGAUGGGUGCCGGAGCCUGGAGCAGUUCUGGUGCUCCCUGUGCCCCAAGGCCUUCCGCUCCCAGCGGGCCCUCAAAAGCCACUGUGCCGAGAAGCAUGUUGUGCACCCCAAGGAGAACGGACCCCAAAGCACUGAGCUCCCUGAGGGGGACCCAGUGAGUGUUGAGACAGGCCAGCCCAGCAAGCCCCUGCUGCAUGCAACCUCCUCAAAAGCGACACUGCCCAAGAGGAGGCGUUUCUCCUGCCCCACCUGCCCCUUCACCUGCCACCAGGAACGGGCCAUGAAGACGCACAAGAAGAGGGGCUGUAUGGCACUGGGGGAGUUUCGUUGCACCUCCUGUCCCUUCACCUCUAAGGCAGCCAAAGCCCUGCGGCUGCACCGCAAGCUGCACCGCAAGCAUUACAGCAAGCGGCCGCAGCUGCAGUGCCGCCAGUGUGAGUUCACCUGCAAGCAGGCCCGUUGCCUGCGGCAGCACAUUCGCAUCAAGCACGAGGGAGUGAAGCCGCACAAGUGCCACUACUGCGAAUUCAGCACCACACGACGCUACCGCCUCGAGGCCCACCAGUCCCUGCACACCGGUGUGGGGCGCAUCGCCUGUGGCAUCUGCAGCCAGACCUUUGGCACCAACUCUAAGCUGCGUAUCCACCGCCUGCGGGUGCACGAGAAGACACCCACCCACUUCUGCCCACUCUGUGACUACAGCAGCUACCUGCAGAAUGACAUCACCCGCCACGUCAACAGCUGCCACCGCGGUGAGCUCAACUUUGGCUGCUCACGCUGUGAGGCUCGCUUCAGCUCUGAGACUGCCCUCAAGCAGCACAUCCUGCGACGGCACGAAGAGAAGGUGUCCUAUGGCUGCCCACGCUGUGGCUUCGUGUGUCACAGCGAGGCCACGCUCAAGUGCCACGUGCAGAAGCAGCACCCGCACCUGGAGUGCAGCACCUGCAAGGAGACUUUUGCCACCCGUGAGGCUCUGGAGGAGCACAAGACACAGCAUUUUAGCCACCGCUGUGAGCUGUGCAGCUUUGCAGCCAAGGAGCGCCAGCAGCUGGUGCGGCAUUAUGUGGAGAGCCACGAACCAGCUGCCCUCCAGGACAAACCCCUGCAGUGCCCCUUCUGCAACUUUGCCUGCUGCCACCAGCUUGUCUUUGAUCAGCACAUGAAGGGCCAUGGGGGAACCCGUGUGUACAAGUGCUCGGACUGCGAGUACACCACCAAGAACAGGCAGAAGAUCACAUGGCACAUCCGCAUCCACACCGGCGAGAAGCCCUACAAGUGCCAUCUCUGUAAAUAUGCCUGUGCUGACCCAUCGCGUCUCAAGUACCACAUGCGGAUCCACAAGGAGGAGCGGAAAUACCUCUGCCCUGACUGUGGCUACAAGUGCAAGUGGGUGAACCAGCUCAAGUACCACAUGACAAAGCACACGGGCCUGAAGCCAUACCGCUGCGACGAGUGUGAGUACUGCACCAAUCGGGCAGAUGCCCUGCGGGUGCACAAGGAAACACGGCACCAGGAGGCUCGCUCCUUCAUCUGCGAGCAGUGUGGCAAGGCCUUCAAGACCCGCUUCCUCCUCAAGACCCACCUGAAGAAGCACAGUGAGGAGAAGCCGUAUGUCUGCAAUGCCUGUGGGCGGGCUUUCCGCUGGGCGGCUGGCCUGCGCCACCAUUACCUGACCCACACCAACGAGCACCCCUUCUUCUGCCGCUACUGCCCCUACAAGGCCAAGCAGAAGUUCCAGGUCAUCAAACACAUCCAGCGGCACCACCCUGAGCGUGGGGCUGGUGACUUCAGCAAGGGGGUGGGCAAGAACCCCAGUAUGCCCACCAUCCACCUCCACGCCGUGCAGAGGGACAGACGGGCUGUGGGACCCCCUGGAACAGAACAGGAAGGUGGGUGCCCUGUGGAGAAGGAUGGUGCUUCGCAGUGAAGCUGAAUCCUGACUGCUUUGAGGGCCCCAGUGGCACCAGGCUGCUGUGGAGAUGUAUGUGUGUGUAUAGGCAUAUGUGUAUAUGGGUUGUAAAAUAUGUGGCUGUAUAAAAGGAAUCUCUCAGCGCCUUU